AAAAAGAAGAAGGUAAGGAAGAAAGGAGGCUCCUGACGGAGGAGAGGACCGGCACUGUCUGAAUCCUAAAUCUAUUGAUUACAGAGUGACUGACAACCUCCUAUCUACCGCAAACACAGCGCUGAGCUGCUUCCUUCCUUUUCCCGGAUGUGGCAUUUCACACGCAAGACAACAUGAAGAAGAAAAAGCAGCGGGCCCGAAAACCCACCAAAAAACAGCAUGAAAAUGUUUCCAUGGACAAAACGUCCCGGUCCUUCGGGUCCAACCGGCCGGCGUUUGAGAGCUUCCUGUCUGAGAUGACUCAGUGGUUUUCAGACCAUCAGCUGCAGGUGGACGAGCUGUUCGGACACAGUGACGCAGACGGAAGUGGAUCAGUCCAUCCCGAGGAUUUCUACCUGGGUCUGAUGAACUUGGGCGUCGCUUGUCAGCAGUUUCAGCUCCACAUGCUGACUCAGCAGCUGAAGACCGCCAACGACACGAUCAGUUAUCGAGACUUGAGCGGACAAGUGCAAAGACUGGGACUGCGUGAUGACCCACAGAACACUCAGACAUCAAGACGUGAUCAACAUCAACUGUUAAACCCUGAAAACGGCAGGAGGUUUGUCCGUCUGAGUGUCAGACUGAUCCCCUUCGACGGCGCUGCCGCUCAUCCAGGAAACUUUGAGGUGGUUUUGUUGAGCAGCAGCAGAGUCCUCAGCCUGAUCAGGAUGAUCCAGGACCGGGUAGGGAUCCAGACCUCCAGGCUGGAGGUUUACCGGAGCAGAGUGCCCACAGAGGAGGCCCGCCUGCUCCCAGAGAGCCUCCUGGAGGAGUGUGGCUUCAGAGGAGGGCCAGAGGGGACUCCUCCGGAGGACACCGUGUACUACGACUACAGCCUGCUGUUUACAGACUGCCCCAUCCUCAACUGUGACCACUACUUCAGAUCAAUGCCAGACCCGGCUGCCGUUAACAGUGGCCUCGGUCUAUAAGUUACGGUGUUUUUAGCAAUGCUGUGUUUAAAUGUGUGGCAGAGCAUCACUUCUUAAAACGAAAAACCCCUCUUAUUCAGCUCAGAUGUUUUUUGCUCCUUUUUUAGAGCCAACAAGAAUGUGAAUUUGUACAUUUAGUCAUUUUACCAAGUAGGAGAUCUGAAUUUUUCUUCUACCACUUUCCAAAAUGUCUCCUCCCAUCAUCACACCUGAGUAGAGAUGUUAUUAGUCAAGUUAUGUUAUGUUAUUAGUGAGCAGAGCCUCACAGCAGAGCCUGUUAAAUAUUUUGUGUUGAAUUACAGAGACAUUAGACAAACAUCUACUUAAUAUAAUAGUGUACCUAUAAAAAUAAAAUAAAAGUGGGAGGGGGGGUUCGGGCUUUUAAACAAACCCCACGUAAACUUAUUUUUUCAUUUUUAACAUAAAAGAUAUGUUGUUAAUUGACAUGUGUGGCAUUGAAUGUUCUUAGGGAUAUGUUUAGGUGACGUAAAGGUAAAGAUCAGGGUCUUGGCUAAAUACAAGAAAAGUCCACCGUGACCACCAGCAUCUUUCACUCUCCUCAACCCAAGUCCUCCUGUGUCCUAAACCAAAUUACUAUCAUAUAAUUAUGAUUUCUGGAGGCAUCCUAAUUGCACAAAAGCUAAAACUAAAUACAUGUAGGAAUGGCAAACCUAAACAAGCUUUUAGAGCAUCCUCACCCUCCCAGAACUAAAACAAUCAGUCACACCUGCUUACAAUCAACCAGAGAACAGUUUGCACUCUGGGAAGGGAGAAAAGACACAGGAAAGAGGUUUUAGAGGCCCUCUCAAGGUACAUUUACUCCUCUGUUAUUCACCUUCAUCAGUUCAUCUUCCCAGUAAAACUAUAAUGUAAUUUUUAAAGUUCUUUAAAGGUAUAAAUGUUUUAAAAGUGGUAAUUUAUCUGUUUCAUUCCAGAUUAAGACAUAAAAAUGCAGUUUUAAUUAGCUUUUUUCUAUUUUUAAUCAAUUACAAAAUAAUUGAAUUCAGAUACAAAAGCAACCCCGUGCAGCUUUUUAGGCUCAAAGUGAAAAAUGGAAUAUGACACUGCACUGUGACAUUUUUGACUAUUUUCUACAGCCACGCAGGUCGGUGAGGCUGUACUCUGAGCUAAUAUUAGCACACCUACAUGCUCAAAAAAGCAAUGCUAACAUGAAAAAAAGGAAACCAGUUUUUCCUUGGCCCAGGCCCAGGUGUUUUCCUGCUACCAGACAGACGAACGGAGCCAAAAACAUGGCACAGGUAAUUAGCACUACACUCCAUGACAGCUGAGGCUGAUGCGAAUGUCGUUAAUUUUGCAGGUAUUUGGUUGUAAACCAAAGUGAACACAUUAAAACCUUGACCUGUUGAUGUCCCUGAAGGACAAGCUAAGGGAUCAACAUUAUUACAAUCCACCCUGAGGGGAACAUUAACGUCUGCACCCAAUUUCAUGGCAAUCCAGUACAGUAACUGUAGUUGUGGAGACACCGUAAGCGUUAACCUCAUGGUGGUGCUGGAGGAAAAGUCAGUAGGAUUCGUCUUCUGGGAAACAUACAUGUGUUUACUAAAUUUCAAGCAACUUCCUCAAAUAUUUAAGAUAUUUCAGCUGGGACCAAUGUGGCAGAUGGCCACGGUGGACUUUUCUUGUAUUAAGCCACAACCCUGGUCUUUACCUAACCGUCACCUAAACACAUCCAUAAAAUGAAGUAUAAUGCACAUUCAGCGCCAACUUUA